AUGUUAAUUCAAUAUUAUCUAUCUGUGCUAUGUUCCUUAUCUAUCUAUCUAUCUAUAUGUUUGUUCUUUUUCUUUCUUUCUUUCUUUCUUUCUAUCACAUUUCUUUCCUUCCUUACUAUCUCUCUAUCUAUUAAUCUAUCUGUCACUUUUCGUUCCUUUCUUACUCUAACUAUCUAUCUAUCUAUCUAUCUAUCUAUCUAUCUAUCUAUCUAUCUAUCUGUCACUUUUCGUUCCUUUCUUACUCUAUCUAUCUAUCUAUCUGUCACUUUUCGUUCCUUUCUUACUCUAUCUAUCUAUCUAUCUAUCUAUCUAUCUAUCUAUCUAUCUAUCUAUCUAUCUGUCACUUUUCGUUCCUUUCUUACUCUAUCUAUCUAUCUAUCUAUCUAUCUAUCUAUCUAUCUAUCUAUCUGUCACUUUUCGUUCCUUUCUUACUUCAUCUAUCUAUCUAUCUAUCUAUCUAUCUAUCUAUCUAUCUGUCACUUUUCGUUCCUUUCUUACUCUAUCUAUCUAUCUAUCUAUCUAUCUAUCUAUCUAUCUGUCACUUUUUGUUCCUUUCUUACUCUAUCUAUCUAUCUAUCUAUCUGUCACUUUUUGUUCCUUUCUUAA